AUGAUUGGGCAAUCAGCGAACAUAAGUGUCUGUGAAAUAGGUGAUUCCGAAUAUAGUAGUAACGACGACACUGCAUCUGAUGAAUAUCAAGAAGAUGAAGGUUUAGAUGAGGGACCACAAAACAGAAAUGAAGCCCCUGUAGCUCAAGAUUUAAAGCGUAAUUUAAAACUCGUACCUGAUCGUCACCAUACUCGGAAUAGAUAUGAAGAAUUAUCUGGAAAAUCAAAUACCGAUAGGCAGCGACAACGUAAAACAAUAGCGAAUGUAGAACAUUUAAAAACAGACACCGAUAACGAGGAAACAAAUGAAGAAGUAGAUGCUGAAAAAAUAAAUAAAGAUGCCGAGCAUUAUAAAAAGAAUACUGAAUUAGGUGACACUAACAUCAAAGAAAAACCUUUUAGUUCUGAUUAUGUCGAUGAGCCGCUUUUUAAAGUUAAACAGGAGGGAUACAUCGCAGACAAAAUUGAAUAUAUAAAUGAUCAACAACCCCGUGAGCAAUAUAGAAGAGCAAAAGAAAUAGAAAACUCACAUAAAUUGAGAAGUAGCGGCUAUAGAAAUAGAAAAUAUGAGCUUGAAAUUAAUAGAAAUCGAAGGCAAGCUCCAAACGCUGAAGUCACUGAUAAUAACAGUACGCCGAGCCAAAAGCAAGACAUUGAUACAAAAGGUGAUUCAGAAUCAUCUAUUAUUAAAAACAUAAAGAAAUUAUCUGAGCAAGAUUUAGAAGAACUUCUAAAUUCCUUACCGGAGGAUAAAAAGAAUAUUUUGAAAAAAAUUAUGGAAAAAAGAGAAAUUACAAAGAAGGCAGGUGCUGUAGAAGAAAACUAUUUAGAGGGUGGUCAAUCCGACACCAGUAAAAACGAAGGAGGCUUCUUAUUAGACUCUAGUACUACUUCGGAGCCACCGUUUUCUUCUAGUACCGAUACUACAGAUAUUAGUAAGCAUACGGACAUAGGAGAGGUUGAAAACACAAAAAGUUCAGAAAGUGAAAAUGAGUCUGGAAAACCACAGGAUAAAUCUUUGUUUAUUAACUCUAAGGAAACCAAUUUAAAUGUCGGAUACGUUAAUAGCGAAGAUAAUGUAAAAGAAGAAGAGUCUGUGAAAAGUGAAAAUAAACGUGAAAUCGUUACGGCUGAAUACUCCAAUGAAAAUGAGAAUGCUGCAGAUAAUGUGGAAAAUGCUGAUUUGAAAGAUGAAUUGUGCGUUGAAAAUGAUGAACUCAUGUCACAGAAAGGCGACGAAUUAAAAACGAAUACAAAUAAAAGGGAAGUCAGUGAUGAGAACCCUUCAGAAUUAAAUGGUUCGAUACAAUCAUUGGAAGAAUCGUUUAGCAGUGACACUACUGGAGAGUCUUUGUCGCCUUUAAUCAGGGUAAAGAGGACUGAAAAAGAUCACUCCUGUAAUAAAAGGGACGCGAAUAGUCUCUCAAACAUGAAGGUACCAUUUUCUCCUGGAGUUGAAAGCGGAGGUUCAGAUAACGACGAAAGAAGUGAAAUGGAAGAUUAUGGCAUACUCGACCGCUCUUCAAACUAUGAGAGAAGCGAAGAUAAUAGUAAUGGACAAGAUAAAGUCGCUCAUGAAAACCCCGAAAUAUAUGGAAGGGAUUUAAAAUUCAAUCCAAUCGAACAUUCAGGGAAGGACAUAAAUGCUGAAACAGGUAAAGCGUGUCUGGGCUCCGAUACAGAUAGCGUUCUUUCAGGCGUUGAAGGUAUUGACGAUAACUUGAUGUACAACAGCGGGAUGCGAAACAAAAGAACCGAAGUUAUAUCUGAUUUAGAUAAUUCACACGAAGUUCAAUUAAAUAGGAAUGGUCGAACUGCAGGGUCGUUAGAUGACUUGAACAAUGCUGUGUCGGAUAAUUCUAUUAACGUACACAAUUACCGAGAAGAGGAAGCUUUCGGACCAAUUUCACGUAAUUAUGAAGGAGAUAACAGUCGUUUUAAAAGGAUAAGACAAAUUAAAGACGCCCCAAUACAACAAGACUAA